UUAAAGAGACCACAACUACCAGCAUUCCGCGUUCUGCCAGUGUUGGGUGAAAUCGGAGCGAGGAAGUUUUUGUGUGACAGUUCGGCGGCGUUCGGUUGCCAGGAAGGUGCGGGCGGGCAGGCACCGAGAAAGGGUCUCAUGUGACCAGAUCAUGGGGUCCAGCCAAUCAUUGAGAGUGCCGACUGGGAAAGGGCCAUUUAAUGUGGGCUGCACAGAUGUCAUGGCUGAUCACACAAGGCAGGGAAGCUUCUUUCGUCUUUAUUAUCCAUGUGAGGCUUAUGAGCCAUCAACGCAGCCGUCAUGGAUUCCACGAUGUGAGUAUUUCGUAGGCCUUGCUGACUACCUGGAAAAGAGUACGAGGUGGUUUCCUCCUCUCCUCACCCUGGCGUUUGGUUAUUAUUCAAUCCCAGUUGGAUGGAAUGCUCCUUUCAGAGCUGUGGAGAAAUACCCACUGAUUAUAUUUUCACAUGGCCUUGGGGCAUUCAGGACAUUGUACUCUUCCAUUUGCCUCGAAAUGGCAUCCCAGGGGUUUGUUGUUGCUGCAGUUGAGCACAGGGAUGAAUCAGCUGCCUGUACCUAUUUUUUCAAACCACGUGUGGAGCAGCUGUCUGAAGACACUCAGUCUGACCUGGAGGAAGUCUGGCUACCAAUCAGAAAGCUGAAUGCGAGUGAAGAGGAAUUCUCCCUUCGGAAUGAGCAGCUGUCUCAGCGAGUGGAGGAAUGUGGCCGGGUUUUGGAUGUUCUUGCAGAUAUUAACAGUGGGACGCCCAUCAAAAACGCUCUUCUCGAUAACUUGGCCCUCUCUGUUCUGAAGGGCUGCAUUGAUCUACAGAGGGUUGCAGUGAUGGGCCAUUCCUUUGGAGGUUCCACAUCGAUUCUGGCUGCUGCCAAGGAUAAACGGUUCAGGUGUGCAGUGGCUUUGGAUAGCUGGAUGUUCCCACUGGCAGAAGACAUUUAUUCCAAGGACCUCAGUCCUGUGUUUUGCAUUAACUCUGAAAAAUUCCAGACACAGGAUAGCAUUGCGAAGAUGAAGAGGCUACAGUCCACUAACAAUGAUCUCAAGAUUAUCACCAUAUUAGGGUCAGUACAUCAGAGCCAUACAGACUUCACUUUACUGACUGGAGAUUUGCUCAGCAAGUUAUUUGAGACGAGGGGAGCCAUCGAUCCUCUAAAGGCUCUUGAAAUCACCAAUAAGGCAGCAAUGGCCUUCUUGCAAAGACACCUGGAUCUACAAAAGGAUUUUGAUCAAUGGAAUGCCCUUGUGGAAGGACAUGAUGAAGAUGUGGUUCCUGUGCCUGAACUUUGACUUGGUGUCGGUGUUUGACAGAGAAUCCAACUGGUUCUUUAAUGUGAAGGCUGAUUUGGAGAAUGCACCAGAAGGUUUCUUUCCAAAACUUGAACAAUUGUACCUUGUAUAGAGGAUCUUGAAUGAUAUUGACUGCAAGAUUGCACUAAUGUGGUGUCAAGUACCUGCAACCCAAUAGACUUGUUUCUGCACAUUACCAUCCCUACCACCAAAGGUCCUCAAAUUAGUGUGGAUUCUGACUCCAGCCAUAUAGAGUCAAAAUAGACUCGAGCUUCACUGCACAUCAGCUCCAAGUGAAGUGCAGGGAGAUGUAUCAACAUGGCCUUGUGUUUGAUGUUACAAAAGCCUCAACCUUGUAAAUGGAGAGAUUUGGUGGAAAAUCAUUUCAGGUUUGGUAAAUGCAAAAAUUCUUCUCCAUCUUGUGCCUGCUAUACAAUUGCAUGCAAGUAUGUUCUUAACCAUCAGACUCCAUUUUAACACAAAAUAGUGUCAAGCUGUGUCAUCACUCCAAGACUUUUCUCAAUCUUAAUUGACAAUGCUGCACCUCAGCAAGGUUCUCACUGGGAUGCAGUUCAUCUACAGGUCAGAUGGGAACCUAUUCAACCUUGUCAUCUCCACUCCAGAACCAAAGUCACUUCAACGUGGAACGGGACAGCGCGGGAACAGGACCUUCAACCCUCCAUAUCUGUGCCAAGCAUGAUGCCAAAUUAAACUAAUCCCUUCUGCCUGCACAUGAUACAUAUCCCUCCAAAUCCAUGUGCCUAUCUAAAAGCCUGUUGAAUACCAUGAUCAUAUCUGCUUCCACCGGCAGCCCAUUCCAGGCACCUUCCACUGUGAGUAAAAACAAAUUUGCCCCACACAUCCCCUAUAAACUUUCCCCCUCUCACCUUAAGAACUAUGCCCCCUAGUAUUCAACAUUUCUGUCCUGGUAAAAAGAUGCUGGUUGUCCACCCUAUCAAUGCCUCUCAUAAUUUUAUAAACUCCAAUCAGGUCUCGCCUAGCCUCCAACGAUCCAGAGAAAACCUCAGUUAUUGCAUCACAGUAUGUGGAGGCUUGCAUGUGCACAUGUUUGGAGGCUGAGCUCCAAGUCAUUGACUCGUACACAGAUAUGAGAGAUGGGACCUUGCACUUAACAAAGUUCUACUUCCAAUCAGCCCUUACUCAACAACACCACUGCCCAAUCAUUACAGUCAAUAACAAGACUGCAGAAAGUCUGUGCUAUUUCUCCUAUCCCAGGAGCCAUCUCUCAAUGAAGGCAGGCAUCGCUGAUGAAAUUCACUACUGCCUUCAGUGUGCUGACAUGGCCUAUUGCAUUCUGAGGAAAAAGAGUGAAGAGCAAGAUCUCACAGCCAGUGCAAAGUUCCCAGGCCUCCUGUACAUUUUGGACAUGCCUCAAAGCAUGGGAGAAGUACCAAAAAUGCUGCUUCAGCAAAAUCCUCCAAAUCCACUGACAUGAUAAGCAAACCAAUGGUUGCAAUCUCUCCUAGAGCAGACUAAUCAAACUGCAAAGGGUACUGUGAAAGAGGAGUUUGUCGCGUGCAUAAGGGAUUGUUUCUUAGUGCUACCUGAAAUGACUGUUUUAUAUUUGAUCAUGUUGAUAAGGUAGGAUUAAUAAAAGAUCUUGUAGUUAAGGAAACUCUAGAAGUUAGUGAUUGUCAACAAGGUGGAACUCCAGAUAUAGUUUGAGACAAACACCCCAGUCUAAAAACCAAUAUUCUCAGUUUAAAUAAGGGCAAUUACUAAAGGUAUUAAGGAAGAGUUUGGAGCAUACUCAGAAAAUAGACUAAAGGAAAAGUCCGUAGAUGAGCUAUGGCAGAUAUUUAAGCAGUUAUUUCACAAUGCUCAGCAGAAAUUUAUCCCAAUUACAAAGAUGGAUUCAUUGAGAAAAAUGAACCCUCUGGUAAACACAGAAGGUCAAGGAAAAUAUUACAUUUAAAAACUAAAAUCUACAAAGUGACAAAAGCUUAGUGGUAGACAAGAGGACUGGAAAUUUAAGGAACCGGCAGCAGAGGACUAAAAAGUUAACGGGGGAGAAAAUUGAUCAUGAGAAUCAACUGAAAAGUAAUAUUAAAACAAACUGAGUCACAGGAGGGUGCCAGUGGAUUGGAAAACUAUGAAUGUGAUUUCCUUGUUGAAGAAAGGAGAGAGAGUGACAAAAAGUGCGAAACUACAGCCCAGUUAGCUUAAUACCUGUGGUUGGGAAGAUACUGAAGACUAUCAUUAAGAAUAAAAGAGGUAGUCGUUUAGAAAAGCUCAGUGCAAUCAAACCAACUCUAUAGUUUUACAAAAGAGAAAUGAUGUUGGACCAAUUUGCUGGAGUCCUUCAAGGAUCUAACUAGCCGAGAUGAUAUGGGAGAACAUAUGUGGAGUGAAUUUGGAUUUCCAGAAGGUAUUCAAUAGGGUGCCACAUAACAGGCUGGUGCACAAGA